ACAAGGAAGAAGAAAAUUCAAAGUUGAGGACUUAAACACAGUCCACAGCUCAAGUCUUCCACUUAUCUAAUUAACUCUUCUUCAUUGCUUCCUUCCCAGCUUCUCUUCUCUUCUUCCCUCCCUAAUUUAUAUGAAUUGCAUUCAUCAAUAUCAUCACCUUAUCUUAAAUAAUUCAUCAAACAAACACAAUUUCCUUCUCUCUCCAUGGCAAUUCAGCACUGUAUCUUUCUACUUGCUGCUUUUCUUCUUCAAUUCUCAUCACUACACUUCCCCUCACUCGCAUAUGAUCCUAAAGGCAUAUACUUCAUAAACUGCGGGUCAGAUAUCGAAGUUAAUGAAAAUAAAAAUCUCUAUAUUGGUGAAUCAAACCGUAAUUACCCUAAAAAAAGUUUCAGCAGCAAAAAUAGCUACACAGAAACCGAUCAACUAUCAGUGUCUUCCCCUCUCUACCAAACUGCAAGAAUUUUCCAUGCUGAAUCUUCCUACGAAUUCACUACCGUCCCAAACAACACCUACAUGGUACGUUUCCAUUUCUAUUCAUUCUCUUCACCGGUUAACCUUUACACUGCAAAAUUCAACGUUUCCGUUCCAGGUUUCCCUCUCUUACAAAACUUCGAUGCAAAAAACACCACAAACCCUGGCUUAAUAAAAGAGUAUUUCGUUAAAAUCAUCAGAAAAAGAUUCAAAAUCACUUUCACACCUCAAAAUUCAUCAUUCGCGUUUGUUAAUGCCAUAGAACUCUUUAUGCUCCCAACUCAUUUGAUCCCCGAUUCAGUCGCGCGUUUCACUUACACUGGUUCUACUGGUAGAGGCUUAUCUACUUAUAGUGACAAUUUCCUCUCACGAGCUUUGGAAACCAAACACCGUCUUAACGUCGGGGGCGAAAACGUCACUAGACAAACCGAUAACUUAUCGAGAGAAUGGUUACCAGAUGACAGCUAUAUAACUGAUCCACAAAAUGCUAAGGAUAGUCCCUUUUUUGGAGGUACACUUAAACGCUAUCCAGACGAUGAAUCUGAUGGUCUAUAUUCAAAUAAAUAUACUGCUCCAGAUGUUGUUUAUCAAACUGCAAAAGAGACUCUUAACGGUUCUAACAAUAUAAGUUGGAGUGUUCCUGUGGAGAAGAAUACAGAUCAUUUCAUUAGGCUUCACUUUUGUGACAUUUUUAAUCCACUUACAGACUUUGAUCUCAUCAUUUAUGACAAUCUUGUUACUUCAAACGUAAAUAAUGACCCAGAUGUGUCUUCUCCUUAUUAUUAUGAUUUUGUGGUUCAUUCUGAUGGCACUGGACUAUUGAAUGUUAGUGUGGUACCUAGUAUAACAUCUGCUAUACCAAACGCCUUUUUAAACGGGCUAGAACUGAUGAAAGUGAUUGAAUUGUCUGGUUCAAUUCCCUUAGAUGGUUUGGAUUCCGAAUCCAAGAAGAAUAUUAGUCUUCCUGUGGUGGUGGGUUCGGUCGUUGGAGGUUUAGUUUUGAUUUCUGUUGUGAUGGUUUUGUUUCUUUGGAUUAUUAAAAUCAGGAAACAAAAGCCUGUUGAGAAUUCAGAUUUGUUGAAGAUUCCAACUACUGCAGAAGGAAUUUCUUAUAGCAGAUUACAUUAUGGCAAAAUAACUCAAGGCUCAUCUUUACCUAACUUAAACCUUGGCCUGAAAAUCUCCUUGCUUGAUCUUCAAUUCGCAACAGAGAAUUUUGAUGUGAAGAAGAUAAUUGGAGUUGGUGGUUUUGGAAAUGUUUAUAAGGGAGUUCUCAAGAAUGGAAUGAGUGUUGCAGUGAAAAGAAGUGUAACAGGGUCCGAUCAAGGAUUUCCUGAAUUUCGAACUGAGAUAAUGGUGUUGUCCAAGAUUCGUCACAUACACCUUGUUUCCUUAAUAGGGUAUUGUGAUGAAAGAGAUGAGAUGAUACUUGUUUAUGAGUACAUGGAAAAGGGGACACUUAGAGACAAUUUGUACAAUACAAAUUUGCCUUGCUUGACAUGGAAGCAACGACUUGAUAUUUGUAUUGGUGCUGCUAAAGGUCUUCAUUACCUUCACAAAGGAGUAGCUGGUGGAAUCAUUCACCGUGAUGUGAAAUCCACCAAUAUAUUGCUUGAUGAGAAUCUUGUAGCUAAAGUUGCUGAUUUUGGUCUUUCAAGGACAGGUCCUCUUGAUCAAGAUUCUUAUGUCAGCACAUGUGUUAAAGGAACUUUUGGGUAUCUUGAUCCUGAUUACUUUAGAACACAACAUCUUACAGAAAAAUCUGAUGUAUAUUCUUUUGGGGUGGUUCUACUUGAAGUGUUGUGUGCAAGACCAGCUAUCGACCUAUCUUGUCCAAGGGAACAAGUCAAUUUGGCUGAGUGGGGAUUGCUUUGCAAAGACAAAGGGACACUUGAAGAGAUCAUCGAUCCUUCCAUCACGAGACAAAUUAAUCAAAACUCACUUAGAAUAUUUAGUGAGACGGUGGAAAAAUGCUUACAGGAUUAUAGUUGCGAUAGGCCAACGAUGGUUGAUGUGUUGUGGGACUUGGAAUAUGCGUUACAACUUCAGAUAGAACCACAUGACGAUAGCAGUGUUCAAUUGCCUAAUGUUCAACAUAUACCUUGUAUGUCUACACUGAUUGAAGUGGAUGACAUGUCUAUUGGUAGGGUUGAUGAAUCUGAAACUACAACAUCGAUGAUGCUAGAUAGAAUUUCAUGUGAAGCUAAUCAAGGUACAACAAUCAACUCGCAAAUGUCUCCACUGGAGAGUCAUUUUUUUAGAUAGCUCACUUCUCUAUUUAUUCCUUAGAUAUGGUUGUUGGUCUAUUCUCAAUUGUAAGACUAAUGGAGUAAAACAAUUAUCAUUUUUGAAUGAUUAUAUAAGGAUUUGUGCAUGAUAAAAUAUACAGUAGUAUUAUUUUUCACCCUAAAAAAUACAAUGUGCUUAAAUAAGGGAGUUAAAUUGCAACUUGAGUAUGUAAUCAUACCUGCAGUGUAGUGUAGUAUAAAUGUUGAAUCCUUUGGUAAGCCCUUGUAGCCUGGCAACACCUCAUGAAGUAUUCUUCAUUCGGCAAGGGCACUAGAAGCAUCUUGAACCUAUUGAAAAUAACGGAAUGCAAGUUACAAACAAUACUACCUC